CCGAGUGGCUUAUUGCAUCCCGGGUGCGUGACGGGACCGGUACCGCGUGCAGCACUAAGCGCGGGUGUGUGAGAAAUAUGGCCUGGAGGUGAACGCUGUGUUUAGAAAGCUGCUUUGGGUAUCUUCCUGUGGUUUGAGACACUGUGUUCUGAGGAAUCAUGAAUCAGUUGGCGCUUUGUUUGGCACCUGCUUUGAAGACGCAACGAAAUACACGUGUCUCGAAGUGCUGGCCUAGAAGCGUGAGCUUUUGCCUCUAAUAAGGCUGGCAAACCAAAGUGAGCGUGAAUUAAAGAGAAUGAACUGACUGUCUUGUGGGUUUAUACACCUUGAAUAUAACGUCUGUCACACAGAGGAAGAGGCACUUUGAGAUUCUCUGCUGUUAGGGUGAAGACCUUGCCGGUGACUCGGCGUUAAAACAUAAACUAAGUGCUGUAUUAUGGAUGAGGACCUGAGGAGCCUGCUGGCCGGAGGAAAGCAGGAAGACUUGCAGGUGGAUUACCAAUUGUCACCAGCAGUUAACUCCUCUGCAUCCUAUGAUAACAUGUACUACCCAGAACAGGACAUUGACUGUGACUUCGAAAGUAUUCCAGCAUUUGCAUCUGCAUUUUUUCCAGUGCUGUACUCCGUACUGUUUGUGAUUGGCCUCAUGGGAAAUGCUUUGGUUGUUUGGAUUCUAACGGUCUUCAAGAAGAUCAGGGCCAUGACUGACGUGUAUCUGCUGAACCUCGCCAUCUCUGACCUCAUCUUUGUCUUCUCCCUCCCUUUCCUGGCUCAGUACUCCCUGGUGAGCCAGUGGACUUUUGGCAACGCCAUGUGUAAAAUUGUCAGCUCUGCUUACUUCAUUGGUUUCUACAGCAGCGCCUUCUUCAUAACCAUCAUGAGCAUUGACAGGUACUUGGCCAUUGUGCACUCUGUGUAUGCCCUGCAGGUCCGGACGACCACCCACGGGAUCAUCGCAAGCCUGGCCCUUUGGGCAGUCGCCAUCUUAGCAUCAGCGCCAGACCUUGUGUUCUUCCAGGAAGUGGACGUCGAUAACAGGACAAUGUGCAUCCCUCACUACCCAGGCAGCGGCAAUGGCUGGAAGGUCUUCAGUAAUUCUGAAGUCAACAUCCUGGGGUGGCUGUUCCCUGUGAGCAUCCUCGUUUUCUGCUACUACAACAUCUUGAUAAACCUGCAGAGGUGCCGUACUCAGAACAAGUACAAAGCAAUGAAAUUGGUUUUUAUUGUCGUCAUUGUGUUCUUCCUGUUCUGGACCCCUAUCAACAUUGUGCUCUUCCUGGACUCUCUAAGGAACUUGCAUAUCAUCGAUGACUGCCAGACUAGCCAAAGGCUUGACCUAGCCCUGGAGCUGGCCGAGACACUCUCCCUCGUGCACUGCUGCCUCAACCCCAUCAUCUACGCCUUUGUUGGGGAGAAGUUCAAGAAGUAUCUCUGUGAGGCUUUCGGCAAAUAUGCCCAUUUUCUCUCGAUCUGCAAAGAACACAGUGCCUUCAACAGGCGCAGCACGGACAGAUGCACUUCUCUCUACACAGCGUCCUCACAAUCCUCUUUUGUUGGUAGUGUCUUGUAGAGCUGCAAGGCAGAAACUCCCAUACUUUAGGCUUCAUUUGAAACUGAGAAAUCCUCUCAGUUACUCAAUAAAAAUAGUCUUUCUGUUUCCUUAUAGGCAGAGGUUUCAGUGCACUGGCCUUUUAGCAAAGCAAGACUAGGAAAAAACGCAAUACCAGAGCAAGCUGUAGUGCACCUUGCUCUUUCGUGUGCUGCGAUACCAUUCUGAACAGGGACCUACAUGGACACCAUUCUGUCCUGUGGUUAGAAAAUGUAAAUGAGAACUUCAGACAUGGAAAAUGACACUGGGAAAUUCAUCAGCCACCCCCUGACCACCAGCUGAACAGUUUAUCAAAGAAGAUUUUUGUCUCCUUCACAGAGCAGUAUGGGGAUGCACUGUUCAGCCAACUUUUUAGGACAGGAGGUACCAGAAAAGUAGAAUCAUUUGCUUAAGCUUGCUUGUAUCAUGGUUCUCUUUGGGAUUCUUAUUUUUUAGCAUCUUUUUUAUCAGCUUCCUCCCUUUCCUGUAGCCCUUCCUGCCCUACCGGCUCUGUGGAAGUGAGGCUGAAAAAUUACCAGCAGAGUCCAGACAGGACAAAGAGGUGUGCUCUGUCCCUCCAGCACAGGACACAAUAUCCCUAAUGAAAUUACAAAAUCCUUGAAAGAUGGGAAGAGGCAGCCUCUCAAUGCAGAUAGGGUGUCAAGGUCACACCUAGGCAUUCCUCCACCUAGAUGUUGACAAAACACAUGUAUAAUAUUUAUUUUUUUUUAAUGCUUAUUUAAUUCUUCAUGCCUCCUGAGAGAGCUGCCCUCUGAGGGAGACAGUUCAUCACUACUUGCAGAGCUGGCUGCGACAUCCGUCUUAAAGGAAGAUGCCAAAUGUGUCCAUUAAAACAACUAACUUUCCCCCAUGAAAAGGUCACUGGUUUGCGUACUAAUACCUAACGGAUGAUGGUUAUGGCACUGGGACUGAAAGCCACUGCCUCCUGGUCUGCAUGUACAAAUGUCUCAUUUUGGAGAGUGGCUGAGAGCAGAUGCUGUUGCCUCAGGAAUGUUUCUUCCCUCAGCUCAGGCCUGCGAGGAACUGCUCACAUUUCCAAGCCUGGGACAGCCGGCAGCUCUUUCCUUUUUCUAAACAGAGUGGAUUUAUUCUAUAGACAGAGACUGUGCUCAUCGCAGGGUUGAGAGCAUGCUUUUUGAAGGGAAACACUCCCUCAGUUUAGGGAAUCACUUCAGGGCCUAACUCCUACCUGAUAUCUGAGCAAAGUUUCCAGCCCAGACAGUGAUUAGUGAAUGAGUAAUUAGGCAAGCAGCAAAUAAAUUACUGUUAUGUGAUAAGAGUCAUGGGUAAAAUCUUCCUGGGGAUCUGCGGGAGGUGGCACAAAUACUGACAGAUAAAUGCAAUGGUGUUUUGAAGUUUUUGUUCCUGGUCUAUUUUUCUCUACAGGAUAUCACCCUAUCUGAAGUUUUAUAAUAAAGAUACUUCCUGCAGUGUAAAUGCACAAUCUUGGCACCUGAGGAACUCCCCUGUCCUGUCACUGAUUAUCUCAGAUUGUGCUUUUUCUUCUAUCCUGACUGAUUCACAUAACCGACCAUUCCU